AUGGCGAGCAGAAGGUUUCAGCUUCAAGGUGAAGUAGAAAGAGGAGGGGUGGAGAGAGCCGUGAAGAGGUUGACCGUGGAUGAAGAGGUUGCAGGCAUGAGGGAAAGAGCCCUUGUUUUGAAAGAGAAACUCAAAGCCUCUGUAAGAAGUGGAGGCUCCUCAUACAAAGCAUUGGAUGAGCUCGCCAAGUACUUAAAGACAGAGUGA